AUGAAAUUAGUAAACAAGCAUAUAGACAAGGACGGAAAGGGGUAUGUGACGCUCCGACCGGAGGAAGACGAGGAUAUGUGGCAUAUUUACAACCUCAUCCAAGUAGGAGACGAAGUUCGCGCACCUGCAAUCCGACGAGUGCAGAAUACGACUACGACAGGAUCAGUCUCCUCCGAACGGAUCCGACUCAACCUCACCCUCGAAGUCACCCGCGUCGAGUUCUCCCCCGGAGCAUCCGCGUCCACCGCCCCGACCCCGGGAAACAACACGGGUGACACGGGGACAGCGUCUCUUCAGAUCUCAGGCCGAGUGACAUCGGAAAAUCAGUACGUCAAGAUGGGGGCUUUCCAUACCCUGGACCUGGAGGCAAAUAGGGAUUUCAAGCUGGGGAAGGAGGAGUGGGACAGUGUUGCGCUAGAGAGACUGCAGGAGGCUUGUGUGGAGGGAAGGGGUGCCGAUGUGGGGGCGGUUGUUUGUGGAGAAGGGACGGCGGCGAUAUGCUUGCUUAGCGAGCAUAUGACUGUCAUAAGACAGCGGAUCGAGGUGCCCGUGCCGAGGAAACGCGUUGGGUCGACGACGCUGCAUGAGAAGGAGCAGGGGUUGAACCGGUUUUACUCUACAUUAUACGCCGCCCUCCUGCGCCAUCUGCCUAUAGCCACCCUCCGCGUGAUCGUCAUCGCCUCCCCCGGAUUUGUGAGAGACGCAGUCUACGACUACAUCUUUGCCGAAGCGACGCGGACGAACAACCGCACCAUCCUCUCAGCACGAAGCAAGUUCAUCCGAGUGCAUAUCACUUCCCCGCACGUGCAUUCCCUCGUCGAGGUCCUCCGUUCACCGGAAGUGUCUAGCCAGCUCCGCGAGUCCAAGUUCGCAAGGGAAGGGAUAGCACUCGAUAAGUUCUUCAAGAUGCUCGCAAAUGACGAGAUGCGCGCUUGGUACGGGCCUGAGCAUGUCCGGCUAGCAGCGGAACGUGGGGCUGUGGGGACGUUGUUGAUCAGCGACGAGCUGUUUAGGAGCAACGACUUGAAAGAGCGGAAGAAGUAUGUCGAGCUGGUGGAGAGGGUUCGACAGGGCGGAGGGGAAGCUCUGAUCUUCUCCAGUAUGCAUGAGAGUGGACAGCAGUUGAACCAGCUCACAGGAGUAGCGGCGAUAUUGACAUUCCCCCUGGACGUGGAGGUCGUAGAGCAAGAAGAGAAGGAGGCGAAGGAAGAGGCGGAAAAGGAGGCCAAGGAGGAAGCUGCAGUCAAUGGGGCAUGA